GGAUAGAAGAUAGUCAACACAAUGUAUCUUCCAUUUCUCGGACGGCUCUGCCCGAGCGAAUAUUUGGCACUGAUAAGCUCGUUCUUUCUUGUUGGGUUAGAAGCAAUAAUUAGAAUAUUGACAUUGGCACUUCCUUCGACGAUUAUAACGCUAUGUUAUCGAGGUUCGAGGCGCCUUUUCAAUCGAUUCACAUCUCCAGCAGCUAAGAAAUCAGAGACACGAAAGCAAGGUUGGAGCAGUCUUUCAGUAGAAUCUGAACGAAAAGGACUGACAAACUCAGAUAUAUCCACCUCGAUUCGAAAUGCUUCAGAUUUUGUAGAUCUCUGCGAGUUAGCUGGUUAUUAUGCCGAAGAGCAUGUCGUACAAACCAAAGAUGGCUAUCUGCUAUGCGCUCAUCGACUUGGUUGGAAGAAAGGAGAAGAAAAUAUGAAAGUCAACAGUGGACCCGGUAGCAUCAAAAAACCUGUUGUAUACCUACACCAUGGCUUGCUCAUGAAUAGCGAAGUAUGGGUUUGUUUGACUGAUAAGGAGAGAUGCUUAGCCUUUACCCUGGUGGAAAGAGGUUACGAUGUUUGGCUUGGAAACAAUCGUGGAAACAAAUACUCCAAGAAGUCCAUCCACCAUUCACCUACAGACACAGCUUUCUGGGACUUUUCUAUGGAUGAAUUUGCCUUUUAUGAUAUCCCUGACACCAUCCAAUACAUUCUUGACACAACCUCUGCGCCAUCAUUAUCGUAUGUUGGAUUCUCUCAAGGAACUGCCCAGGCUUUUGCAACUUUGGCUGUCCACCCGAAGCUCAAUGACCAGAUCAAUGUAUUCAUUGCCCUUGCGCCCGCUAUGUCUCCAGCUGGACUUUCAAAUGGUAUAGUGGAUGCACUUGUCAAAGCAUCACCUCAGGUUCUAUUUCUUCUUUUCGGUCGUCGCUCUAUUCUAUCAUCGGCUACUAUGUGGCAAUCCAUACUUUACCCUCCGAUUUUCGUGCGUCUCAUUGAUAUGGGGUUAAAAUUUCUUUUCGGCUGGCACGCCAAGAAUAUGUCCACAUCACAAAAGCUCGCAGCGUACCCUCAUCUGUAUUCUUUCACUAGUACCAAAGCAGUUGUUCACUGGUUUCAAAUCAUCCGCACGAAGUCAUUCCAAAUGUACGAUGACGAGCCCCAACCUGUUUUGGGUGGCGUAAACAAAUACACCAAAGUCGCCAAAUUUCCAACCCGCAACAUCAAAACACCAAUUGUAUUGCUGUAUGGUGGCAGCGACUCACUGGUCGACAUCAAUGUAAUGCGAAAAGAACUUCCGCCUCUCACAACUCACAUUGAAAUCUCCCACUAUGAGCAUCUCGAUUUCUUAUGGGCUCGAGAAGUCAACACUCUAGUCUUCCCGCAUGUUUUCGACGCUUUAGAAUCCUUCUACAAUGCAGAGCAUUCGAAAGAGGAGUAUGAACAUUAUAACCGCGCCCGUACCAACUCAAUUCGCAUUGGUGCCAUGAACCCCAGACCAUUGACUUAUCUUAGUGAAGAAGAGAGUGGAAGUCGUCAAUCCUUAGGAAGUGGAACAUAUGUCGAUGUAGAUCAAACUACCAUGUUACAACCUGGCGACGAAUCAUCGGCCGAUCUCGAUACACCUGAAAGCACAUAUAACCAUAAUAGUGCACGGAAACGCGCUAAGCUCCAUUCUAGGAACUCAUAUAUAGACGAUGACGCCUCAACCGAAACCUCGCCUGUUGGCGCUAAUACAUCUAAUACUCCCUUUCCCCAAUUCGACAGUUCGCAUCGUGCCCUUAAACCCAAACCUCAGCCACAUCCUGAAGGCGGAGAGGGAAUACCUUCAACACCCCCAUCCCAUUCACACUCUUCUCAACCAAACUCCCGCAUCCCUAUCACAACCCCCUCCCCACAAAUGCAUUCCCAAUCCACUCCCGCUCGCUUUAGGAAAUCUCUACGCAGUGUUUCUAUCGGCAGCAAUAUUUCUUUCGACACAAAAGGAAACAAAAGUAGACCAGGAAGCAUAGGUGGAAAUGGUAUUAGUCUAGGCGUAGGACGUGCUGUAGGGGGCGUUGUAUCAGGGUUAGGAGAAGGGAGUAGGAGUAAAGAAGAUGUGUAUAUUAGUGAUGGAGCGAGGAGUAGGGGAGACAGUAACGCAAGCGCGAAUGAUACGGGGAAAGACAGUGGGGGGAGCAUGAGGGGGUUUGGGGGAGUAUUGAGAAGAAAGUCGGAGAAGAAGGGGAGUGAAGGUGUUUAGCAUUGAUUAAUGAGAGAAGAGAUUGGAUAAUGGAUGUAUGAGUGUUGGAAAUUGGUAAUUAAGGGAAAGUACGAUUUGAAGACUAAUUCAUUCAUCAGCAUGACGGAUUGAACGAUGGAGAAUCCUGAUGCAUCUGUAUAUAGAAAGAAGAAGCAAGAAGAGACGAUAUGAGAUUAGAAUGAUCGCACUCUCUUAUAGGAACAGGCGUUUGUAUUGGGUUGGAAUCUGUUGUAAAUGGAGGAAGAGGCUUCUUGAUUUUUGUUUCUGAAGCAAGCGAGGUACAUAUGGCAUAUCUACUCGAGCACAUACAUAUACACAUAUGACAUGCAUAAUAUAUAUAAUCUUACUCACCAACGAGAAAAACA